GGCGGUCAGAAAAGAAGAGUUUCUUUAGCGGCAGCUUUAGUUCAUUCGCCACCACUUCUUAUACUCGACGAGCCCACAGUAGGUGUGGACCCACUCUUAAGGCAAAGCAUUUGGCAACAUUUAGUGACAUUGACUCAAUCGGAAAGAAUAACUGUUAUCAUAACAACCCAUUACAUAGAAGAGGCGCGUCUGGCAAAUGUUGUGGGGCUUAUGAGACAGGGAAAGCUUCUCGCAGAGAACUCACCCGAAGAACUCAUGUCUCAAUACAAAUUAGAUUCACUCGAAAACGUAUUCUUAAAGUUAUGUAUGACUGAUAUGUCCAUCAAAGCCGCUGCUUUGGCCACCACUACUGGUCUUGAGACACUUUCUGUCACCGAUCCUAACAAUAGUCACAAUCUUCACCCACAUUAUCAUCUUAUGGCCACAAAUGGAGAUCUCAAGAAUGGAUUG